CCGGGGGCGGGCACCGUCCACGCGGAGCCGCCGCCUCCGCCGGCUCGUCCUCGGGCGGCGGCCUGGGGCCCGGGCGCGCGGCCUCGCCAUGUACACCUUCGUGGUGCGCGACGAGAACAGCAGCGUCUACGCCGAGGUCUCCCGGCUGCUCCUCGCCUCCGGCCACUGGAAGAGGCUGAGGCGAGACAACCCCAGGUUCAACCUGAUGCUGGGCGAGAGGAACCGGCUGCCUUUCGGGAGACUGGGUCACGAGCCCGGGCUGGCGCAGCUGGUGAAUUACUACAGGGGGGCUGACAAACUGUGUCGCAAAGCUUCUUUAGUGAAGCUGAUCAAGACAAGCCCAGAGCUGGCUGAGUCCUGCACCUGGUUCCCCGAGUCCUAUGUGAUUUACCCAACUAAUCUCAAGACCCCAGUUGCUCCAGCACAGAAUGGAAUUCAGCCACCCGUCAAUAACUCCAGGACGGAUGAGAGAGAGUUCUUCCUGGCUUCCUAUAACAGAAAGAAAGAGGACGGGGAGGGCAACGUGUGGAUUGCAAAGUCAUCAGCAGGCGCCAAAGGCGAAGGCAUCCUCAUCUCCUCUGAGGCUUCCGAGCUUCUGGAUUUCAUAGACAACCAGGGCCAAGUGCACGUGAUCCAGAAGUACCUUGAGCACCCUCUGCUUCUYGAGCCGGGUCACCGCAAGUUCGACAUUCGAAGCUGGGUCUUGGUGGACCACGAGUAUAACAUCUACCUCUACCGGGAGGGUGUGCUCCGCACUGCGUCCGAGCCGUAUCACGUUGACGACUUCCAAGACAAGACCUGCCACUUGACCAACCACUGCAUUCAGAAGGAGUACUCCAAGAAUUACGGCAAGUACGAGGAAGGGAACGAGAUGUUCUUCGAGGAGUUCAACCAGUACCUGACGAGUGCUCUGAACAUCACCUUGGAGAGCAGUAUCUUACAACAGAUCAAACAUAUCAUCAGGAGCUGCCUCCUGAGUGUGGAGCCAGCCAUCAGCACCAAACACCUGCCCUACCAGAGCUUCCAGCUCUUUGGCUUCGACUUCAUGGUGGACGAGGAGCUGAAGGUCUGGCUCAUCGAGGUCAACGGCGCCCCUGCUUGUGCUCAGAAGCUCUACGCAGAACUGUGCCAGGGCAUCGUGGACAUAGCCAUAUCCAGCGUCUUCCCGCCCCCAGACGUGGAACAACAGCCUCAGCCUCAGCCGGCCGCUUUCAUCAAGCUGUGAAGGACAGGAUGGAGAUGGGAAGAGAGAGCCCUGGCACGGGCGUGAUAAGAGAAGGCUACUCCGGGGAGCCCCCACGGGCUGCUCAGGGCGCUGCCCAAGCGGAGCGCUCCACAGAGCCGCGGAGGCUUUCGGGACCUGAGCAGAUGUCCCCGAGGGAGGAGCAGGCCAGCCUUCCGAGGGGGCUGUUGAGUGUGCUCUUCUUUGCAGGUCUUUCCGAACUUGGCCCUGGGCACAGAGCCUCUCCUCCCGGGAUGGCAGGCGCUGCAGCCUCCGCGGGGUCCUUCCAACCUGCUGCGGCCUGAGCUCUGAGCAUUGCUGCAGCCCGCUGUGCUGGGACACAGUGGCCCUUCCUGCGUUCUGGAGGUAGCCCGUGUGCUCMCUGCUCAUCUCCUCCACCUCGUUCCGCCCCACUAAACUCUGGACACGCAUGCACCAACUGUCCUUAGUUUUGCGGCYGUGCAUAGUGUCUCAGGGAGGCCAUUUUCUCGCCCCCUUCCUGGUGGCGUGCCAAUCGGGGGUCCUGGGAUUAGGCACCGAACAGCAUAGACUGCUGUCAGUCUGCUCUCUGCAUGUUUUAGAAACAAAGCAGCCAGUCUGCCARUCCUGUAAGCAUCAAAUAAGCAUGAGAGGAAAAACAUAUCGUGCUUUACUUAGUAGGUGGGGUGGGUGGAYGGGGUCUUUGGACAUGGUUCUCACUUAUCAUUGUUUAACGAGAAUUCUAGAUGCACAUUUGCUGAGUUCCCUUUCCUUCACUCUAUUUUUUUUUUUUUUUUUAACCUUUGUAAAGCCUCUCCAAGGGUUGGAGAAGGGAGAGUUCCACUCUCCAGGUGGCCCUGGCCGGAGGGAGGUGGCGGUCCCUCUUAUGUUCUCCUGUGCUCCAAGCAGUCCCUGGAGCUGCAGGGACAGUUUCUGAGCAUCUGUCCUGCAGAUGGGUGAGGUGUGGUUUAGAGCUGGACACAGCAUCUGGGAGGCCUCUACAAACAGGUUCAUUCAGAUGUGGUUUCCAAGUAAUGGGUCGAUUGAGAGUGGGAGCAAGACGUCGUUUGUGUUCAGUGUGAGCUUAGAGUAUUUGGGAAGUCACAGCAGAUGUGUGGAGAGCUUUYCUGGGGCGUGCUGUCUUCCAUUUUUCAUUGUUACUUGGCAGUUUCUGUAGUCAGGUGACUUUAAGAAGGAGAAGGAAUAAUGUCGCCUCCUCAGGUAUGAUGAGAUGUGGGAGCUUA